UAUGUACAGAAACACUCUGAUGUUGUUCCUUCCUCUAGUUCUCGUUGUGAUAAAGGUAAUGAACAUAACAGGAGAUGCAAUAAAUCAGAAAACCUUCCGGGUCAGUUGUGUAUGAUGGAGGCUACCUUUAACAGGGCAGUUCCCCGGCCAGCUGGGAGCAGGCCUGAUGCCGAGGGAGCUCCUUGUCACUGUCGCAUCACAUAAAGAGGAUGAGCUCUUUGUUGGCUCUGUGGUUCAGACUGGAAGUGAGGGGAGCUACUUUCUCAAAACUCAUUAUUUUCUGAGCUUAAAAUGUCUCUGAAUCAAUUAAAAUAAGGAUUAGAUCCUAAUGAAUAUCAUGCAGGAUCUUUUAACUGUGGGAAAUGGGAUAGAUUUAGUUAACACCUGGAAAAAAAAUGUGUAUUUCCAUUAUACACCAAGAGGAAUGCAUUUGGCACUGAUCCUUUGGAAAGAAGGGUUUCCAAACCCUUUGGCACUGGUCCUUUGGGAAGAAGGGAAGUUGAGGUUGCAUUUCAGAAUAGCUGGUCCAGUUCUGAACCUUCAGUUUGAGCACUGUCCAGAACUGCCAUGCAUAGUGCAAGACUUGAUGAAAACCCAGCUCUGGCUGGGGGAAUUGAGGAUGAUUUUUAUUACGCUUGAUAUAGGAAAGUAACUUGGCUGAAUCUGCUGCAGAAGUUGACUCACACGCCAUAUGAGGGUGUUUGUCUUAACAUAUGCCUCCUCGCUUAUCUAAUGUUGAUGUCAAUGAUUUGUUGGUUUCCAUACCAUGUUUCCCAGUUUUCUGUUUGUUUCCUUCCUGUCAUAGCAGUAGACCCAAAACAUUUUGACAUUUUUCUCAAAUAAAUUAUCUCUGGUCCUGCCAGAAAUUGAGUCAAGUCUUUUUGUAUAGUACGUCAUUUCACUAGAUUUCUCCAAUUAGAUUUUGACUUUUAAGUAAUGCAUUAUUUCUGCUCAUUUUAAUUCAUUUUUUAUUGCCUGAGGAUUUGAGAACAGAACAAUUUCACUUUCUUUGAGGGAAGUGAUGUCUGAGUCAAAACUACAUCCCUAAGUGGUACUUAUGACAGAUUCCUGUCUUUGAGGAUGCUGUUAAUAAACUUUAGCUUUUUGCACUUAGCCUUCUUUUUUGCCACCUUGAUUUUAUGUUUGACUAAAAAUAUGCUUCCUCCAAAUCUUGUGCAUCGACUCUAAAUUUUUUCUUUUGGCAGUAAGAGGAUGAAAGUGUAAAAUUUUUAAGCACUUGAAAUGUAACCAAUAUAUCAAUUCUUAGCAGACUUUACCUGACUUAUGGUGGGGAGUUUCUCUUAGCAGAGAGAAAAAUGCUGUCUAAAGCAUUCUUCUGAUUUAAUAAUGGGGGAAAAAAAGGGGGAAAUGAUGCGUUAGACUUGGGGAUGCAAAACGAGAGGGUGUUUGGGGGGUAUAACAUAUAGUGACCGGGUGUUUACUGAGCUGCUCAGCAGGUAGAGCGUAGCAGGUUGCCUCAGGACAGCUGUGUGUCAGCAGCAACUCGCUGAAGGUCACUCCUUGCCUUGUCUCUGCAGUGAGGGCUGUAGUACUGUGUCCCCUUUUUUUAAGAAGUGUAAGAGUAUGAGUACUCCCAGUGUUGGCUUAAGUUGCUUUGCAUCAAUUAGUGCAAAGGGGACUGGAGUCUGACGGCAGGUGGGAAUGCCAAGGGGACAUAGGACGUCAGGCAAGUGGAAUAAACCAGUCUGGGAAGGAAGGUUCGCCUGCAGGGAACAGGCUGGGGAGGCAGAGUCUUGAACAGGUCGACUUUGUCUUGGAUUCCCUUCUUCUGCAUAGUCAGAUAUUGCAUGACCUAUUUAUGGUGAGUGUAACAAGGUAGAGGAGGUUUUGAGUCACUAAUCUUGUUCUUUCUCUCCUUAGUGCAUGUUUUCCCUUUUUUGUGAUCCUUAUUUAGUUUUUCAUUGUUUAUUUACACUGCCACUGUUACUUCAUGAAUUCUUCAAAUCAUUGCCUAUCUAGAGGGGAAUCUGGACAGAAUUAGUCUUGCAGCUUUAAGUCUUGCUGACAGGAGGAGGGAAGAGCAGAGCUUUUGUCCUCGAGAGAAAUGCAGGAACUGUGGCCAUUUGGAAUCGGACAGAUGUGGUCGGCCUGGAGGGAGAUGUUUUUAUAGAAGUGCUGCCUGGUCUGCUGUGUUCUGUAUCUGUUGGAACUCCUUGUACCUACAGAAUCUCUUCUGGGAGACUAGGAUCCCCCAUGCCAUUCUGCACUCUUGGCAGGCAGGAUAAUUGUCUUGUAUGUGUGUGAUGGAGGUGUGUGCAGAAGUCUAUCGUAGGCUUCUUUCCAUGUUUUGAGGUCUUGCAUUUGGAUUUUCCGUGGGACAGAAAAAGGGCAGUGCUUUCUGUGUGAAUCUGAGCUAACAAAAUGUGAUGGAGAACAGACUGGAUGUGUUUCCCUGUGCUCGUUCCCCACGGAGAACCUUGAGUGGAUUGCCAUUUCCUCAAAUAUGUUAAUGGCUUGCAUGCACCCUUCAAACUAAUUUUCCACUUGAUUUUCCUGCCUUUCAUCAGAAGCAGGUACUGGAGGUAGGGAGGGGCCCAUUAAAUCUGGAUUUCGGUAAGUUUCCUUAAAUUCCUGGUCAGAAUGGGGCAAAGAGAGAGUCUGAGGUGACGGAUUAUGGUUUUAUGGCAGUGAGGCAGGAGAAAAAAUGACUUCUAAACGGCAUUUUUAUUCACAAGAAUGCUUUUUGGUUCCCUUUCCCUUCAUUCUGGUAUUUCAUUUUUUCUCUUAUUUAUUGAAAGAUUCAAUGUAGCUGGAGUAAGUUGUCUAAAGAAAAUAGGUUGUUUUAAGAAGAAGAAUAGUUAUAUCAAGCAAAAGAAAUAGAAGUUAUGACUGGUUGCACAUGCCUCGUAAUUCCAGAUACGAUCCUUGCAGUGCAGAGUACAUAAACACUUGAAUGUCAGUGUAUGCCUAUAUGUUCGGGAUACAAGUUGGAAUUUGCCUUUUGCCAACUAUUUUGAUAGUAAAAGUGGUUCAUUUAACUUACUACACAAAUGGGUAUGAGUGUGGCUGAAGCAUGUUUACUUCUCUCUUCUCUACUACUGAAUGCUCAAAAAUAUUUUUGGUUGGGACUUUAUCUCAUCCUGAUUAUGGGACUUUAUCCCAAUCUGGGGUGAAUCCAUCUUCGUUUUUCUUAGUAGUAGGUGACUCAGCCUUCAUAUUCCUUACUUGAGUUGAUGAUAGGAGACAGAACAGCUUGAGCUGAUAUUUUGGGGCUGGGGAAGGAGAGGCACGGUAGCUCAUUGAAGUAGUUGUAAUCAGCAGCAUCUUAAAAAGAACACAGCUAAUACUUAUCGACAGAUACUUAUUUUUUCUGUUUUGUUUCCCCCUUUAGGGAAUACUGUUGUGCUGAGGAAGAAAACAACUCCAACCCCCUCCUCCCCCUUUCAUUGCCUGAAUUAGAAGCUCCAGGAAUGUGCUAAUUGGCGGCGGCCUCUUCAAAAAGGAAACUGGAUCUUGUUAUGUGAGGGCAUUGAGGAAACGUUCCCCAGCUACCGAGAGGAAGAAAGGCCUGUGGGGAAUACUCAGAUCGAGGGAUUUUAAUGGCUUUCAGGUAGAAGCCAAGUGGAGACAAUCAAAAUGAACUCUAUGGACAGGCACAUACAGCAGACCAAUGACCGGCUGCAGUGCAUAAAACAGCACUUACAGAACCCUGCAAACUUCCAUAAUGCAGCUACGGAGCUCCUGGACUGGUGUGGUGACCCCAGAGCCUUCCAGAGACCAUUUGAGCAGAGCCUGAUGGGUUGUUUGACGGUGGUUAGUCGAGUGGCAGCUCAGCAAGGAUUUGACUUGGAUCUUGGAUACAGGCUACUGGCAGUAUGUGCAGCCAACAGGGACAAAUUCACUCCAAAAUCAGCCGCGCUGCUUUCGUCGUGGUGUGAGGAGCUGGGACGGCUCUUGCUGCUUCGCCACCAGAAAAGCCGGCAGAACGAUCCUCCAGGGAAGCUACCCAUGCAACCCCCCAUGAACUCUAUGAGCUCCAUGAAACCCACCCUCUCUCAUAGUGAUGGGUCUUUCCCUUAUGAUUCUGUUCCCUGGCAGCAAAAUACCAACCAGCCUCCAGGUUCGUUAUCAGUGGUCACCACGGUAUGGGGUGUGACUAAUACCUCUCAAAGCCAGGUGCUGGGAAAUCCAAUGGCAAAUGCUAACAACCCUAUGAACCCAGCAGGAAAUCCCAUGGCUUCUGGGAUGACAACCAGCAACCCUGGAAUCAACUCGCCUCAGUUUGCUGGACAGCAGCAACAAUUUUCAGCCAAGGCAGGCUCCACUCAGCCGUAUAUACAGCAGGGCAUGUAUGGGCGACCCAACUACGCUGGAAGUGGAGGCUUUGGUGGGAGUUACCCUGGAGGCCCAAAUACCCCCGCGGGCAUGGGGAUCCCGCCACACACAAGGCCACCGGCUGAUUUCACCCAGCCAGCCGCUGCCGCCGCCGCUGCUGCAGUUGCAGCUGCAGCUGCUACAGCAACAGCUACAGCUACAGCCACUGUGGCAGCCCUUCAGGAAACGCAGAAUAAGGAUAUGAACCAGUAUGGACCGAUGGGUCCAACUCAGGCUUACAACAACCAGUUUAUGAACCAGCCUGGUCCUCGUGGCCCUGCUUCAAUGCCAGGCAACAUGAACCCAGCAAGCAUGGGUGCAGGAAUGACGCCCUCCAGCAUGAGUGGGCCGCCCAUGGGCAUGAACCAGCCGAGGCCUCCUGGAAUGAGUCCCUUCAGCACCCAUGGGCAGAGGAUGCCUCAGCAAGCCUACCCAGGCCCACGCCCCCAGUCUUUGCCUAUACAGGGCAUAAAGAGGCCGUACCCAGGAGAGCCGAAUUAUGGAAACCAGCAGUAUGGACCAAAUAGCCAGUUUCCAAACCAGCCUGGUCAGUAUCCCACUCCCAACCCUCCAAGACCCCUUACGUCUCCCAACUAUCCUGGACAGAGGAUGCCAAGCCAGCAAAACACAGGGCAGUACCCACCUCCAACAGUCAACAUGGGGCAGUAUUACAAGCCAUCAAGGCCUGUACCUGUGGCAAAUUACCCUCAUUCACCUGUUCCAGGAAACCCCACGCCACCUAUGACUCCAGGGAGCAAUAUUCCUCCAUACCUGUCACCUAACCAGGAUGUCAAACCACCAUUCCCACCUGACAUUAAGCCAAAUAUCAAUGCUUUACCACCACCUCCAAAUGCUAAAGGGAAAGUUCACGCUUUCUCUCCCUCUUCGAUCCCAGCCAACCACAAUGAUGAGCUCCGUCUGACAUUUCCCGUGAGAGAUGGUGUUGUGUUGGAGCCCUUCCGGCUGGAACACAACCUGGCAGUCAGUAACCAUGUCUUUCACUUACGGCCAACUGUUCAUCAAACGCUGAUGUGGAGGUCUGACUUGGAAUUACAGUUCAAGUGCUAUCACCAUGAAGACAGACAAAUGAACACAAACUGGCCAGCUUCAGUCCAGGUCAGCGUUAAUGCAACCCCACUUACCAUCGAACGUGGUGACAACAAGACAUCUCAUAAACCUCUGCACCUAAAGCAUGUCUGCCAGCCAGGAAGAAACACGAUUCAAAUUACAGUCACAGCAUGUUGUUGUUCACACUUGUUCGUGUUGCAGUUAGUACACCGGCCAUCAGUUCGCUCUGUGCUUCAAGGUCUACUAAAGAAACGCCUCCUCCCAGCAGAACAUUGUAUCACUAAGAUAAAGAGGAACUUCAGUAGUGUAGCAGCGUCCUCUGGUAAUGCGACACUAAACGGGGAAGACGGAGUAGAGCAAACUGCUAUUAAAGUGUCUCUGAAGUGUCCGAUCACAUUCCGGCGGAUUCAGCUCCCGGCAAGGGGUCAUGAUUGCAAGCAUGUACAAUGCUUUGAUCUGGAAUCUUACUUGCAACUGAACUGCGAAAGAGGAACUUGGAGGUGUCCAGUAUGCAAUAAAACUGCUCUGCUGGAGGGCUUGGAGGUUGACCAGUAUAUGUGGGGUAUUCUGAAUGCUAUACAAAACUCAGAGUUUGAAGAAGUUACCAUUGAUCCAACUUGCAGUUGGAGGCCAGUCCCUAUAAAGUCAGAUAUUCACAUCAAAGAUGAUCCAGAUGGUAUUCCCUCAAAAAGAUUUAAGACCAUGAGUCCAAGCCAGAUGAUCAUGCCGAAUGUGAUGGAGAUGAUUGCAGCUUUGGGUCCUGGGCCGUCACCUUACCCAUCCCUCCCACCUCCUCCAGGAGGCAACAACUCCACUGAAUAUGGUAACCAAGGCAACAGUUACCAAGGUCAUGGUAACUUUGAUUUUCCGCACGGGAAUCCUGGUGGAACAUCUAUGAAUGACUUCAUGCAUGGGCCACAGCUGUCACAUCCCCCAGACAUGCCCAGCAGUAUGGCAGCUCUCGACAAACCUCUCAGUCACCCCAUGCAGGAAUCUAUCCCUCAUCCCGGCAGCACUGAUCAGUCCCAUACUUCCAUGCAGCAAGGUUUGCACGUCCCUCACCCCAGCAGCCAGUCAGGGCAGCCAUUACAUCACAGCGGGCCUCCCAGCCAGCAGUCCCGGCAGCCGCCCCCGGCCGCUUCUGGCAACCAUCCACACAGUGACCUGACCUUUAAUCCCUCCUCAGCCUUAGAGGGUCAGGCUGGUGGACAGGGAGCACCUGACAUGCCGGAGCCCUCGCUGGAUCUGCUUCCAGAACUCACAAAUCCAGAUGAGCUGCUUUCGUACCUGGAUCCUCCUGACUUGCCAAGCAAUAGCAAUGAUGACCUUCUGUCUCUCUUUGAGAACAACUGAAACUAUGUGUAUUCCCCCAUCCCUUUCACUUGUUCACACGUGUGUGGCUGCACAGCAAGGAAUCUUAACACUCCUUUUCCACAAAAGAAGAAAAAAAAACUCACAAGUUGAUCCAAUGGUGCACUCCCUGCUUUCUUCAUCUUAGAACUGCUUUUGUCAGCUUCAGAAACUGCGAAAGUGACGGGAGAAAAAAUAGACAAAAAAUGCAGUAAUCUCAGAGUCUGCCGUGCUACACAUCACAAUGAAGCAUAGACAGUUGUGCAGCUAUUGGAAACCCUGUUUGUUGUUCAUCCUAUAGAGAGAGAGUUCUGUGAUAAACAUAGUGUGAAGUAUCUUGGCAAAAACCAAUCUUGGCAAGGGAAGAAAAGGCAACAAAAUGGAACUGUCUUUAAUUGACCUGUCUCAGAGUGUCCUUCCAACGCAUGUUCUUCCAUUUUUUUGAAACUGUAUCUCCCUUCACCCCACUUCCCCUCUGUCCCCCUCCAACCACAGGUUUGUGUUGGAGUAAUUGUCCUGGCUACAUGCAAAAAGCAGAACACAAACACAUUACAAAGCUCCAAAAAGCACAAAUCAUACAGUAAAGUGGCAAAGAUAGGGAAGACAUACAAGCCCGUCAGAGGGAGACAGCAGUUUAGUAAAUAAGUCUUCAGUAACGGAGUCCUGAGCAUCUCCAGGCUGCAGCCGCGUGUGUUUGGAUUUAUAAAAGUGCAGGAAUCUUAAACGCCUCUUUGCAAAGGAUUCCUCUGUUCAAACACACAGAUUGGAAACGUGGGAAAAAUAAAAAAUGUUUUCAAAGUUUAGUUUUUUUUUUGUGGUUUUGGUUUCAAAUCAGUACCGUUUGUGGCUGUGCUAACACCCAGCUGUUGAGAUUGAUGGAACAGGUCUUUUUGCCAUAUAUUCCGUACAGAAUGGAGAAGAGAGGGAGGGGGGAAUGCAAACCCAAAUACUCUUGAUUAUUGCCUACAGCCUUCGGCUUCCUGAGUGUUUGUGUCACUGUUUGUGUUGCACAAUACAUAGUAAGACAAGCUGGGUUGAAGGCAGAUAGGAAAUCAUUGCAGGAUGGGGGGAGAUUAUCACUAUCUGCAUAAUUAUUUUUAAUAAUCAGCUUGAAAAGGGGCAUUGAAAUUGGACAGACAUUUUACAGCUUCCUUUUUGUUUUGCUUUGUGUUCUGUUUUCAUGACUGUUACAAAUAAUUCAGCCUUUUUCUUUUCUCCUCUUUCAGUCUUUUUUUUUCUUUUUUUUUUUUUUUUAACUUUAGCUGCCAGAAAGAGAUUGUUCUCACGAAGGAAUGGGCAUGGGGAGAAAAAGUAACUUCGUGGAAUGCUGCUGCCCUCAAGAGACCCUGAUGCCACAAUCACUGUCUUGCCCCUGUGAUCCGUGCUUCUCGUGUGGUUGCUUCUCCUGCAUGAGCUUCCUAUUGCUUCUGUGCCCAUUUCUGUGCUCUUCGUCUCUCUCUCUUAUAAAUUAUGUACAGUAGCUGUGUAAGAAGUGCAUGUGUGCCAACUUUGCCCUUGUGGUGCAACAUUUCAGCUUUUGCCCACUGUACUGUUAUUGUUUUAGUUUCUUUUUGUUACUAAAGCAAACUUGACCCUACUCCUUUCCUCAUCCCAAACCCAAUCUGAUAACCUUUAUUUGCUCGCCACAAUGCGUUUUAAACUUAAGUGCCAGACAAAAUUUUGUUUGUUCCUGUCUGACUAGAUAGUUUCCUAGCCCUUUGUGUUUAGUUUGCAAUGCUGUAAAUGGCAUGCUAUGUGCUUACAACUCUGGAUUUGCUUUUCUCACCAAAGUCAUAUUUGUAAAUUCUUUGCGGUUUUUGUUUUAUUUUGCUCUUUGUUAACGUUUCCCACUACUGCUGUACAUGCGUCAUGAUAUAUAUAUGCUAGUCAGCAGCACCUUGCUGUAGAUAUUAAAGGAAAUGGCGGUUUAGUUCUUUUAUUUUCCAGUAGGAGUAUUGAAUCUGUCAAACAUAUUAUGUAGAGAUGGUCCCACACUUAUAUUUUUCCUGUUUCAAGUUUUUUUAAGAAAGGCGCUGUUCAUUAUGCAAAAUCAAUUAUUUUAAGAAUUGCUAUUGUAAAUAUCUUUGUGAAUAUUUUAGUAUUGUCUUUGAUAAUAUUCAACAUUUUCAUGAUCUGGUUAUACUUUUGCUGGUGUUUUUAAAUACCUUGUCUGAAGAAAAAUAUGGGUCCUUUUUUAAAAAAGAAAAUUGAGGGUUCUUUAACAGAAUAAGGGAGGUUUGUUGUUUGUUUGUUUGUUUUUUUUCCCUGUUUUCUUUUGAUAAUUAGCCCAAAUUUCAUAUCCAUUUAUGUGAUGAAUGAAUUGAUAUGUCAGGCAGUACCUGGACAAUCAGGGCCCAGCUCUGUCAUGGAAACAUAGUAAAAAGCGGUUGCCUAGGGCAAACGCACAAAACCACCACCUAACCGACCGAUGUUCACCGACUGUGUAGGUACUUGUGGGCUGGCAACGGCAGAGGUUUUGUUCCUUUGUCCAAGUGAGCAGAACACCUAGGACCAGCUGUCUGAACAGGUAAAGAUGCACUAAGGCAAGCAGCGAGCGUAUAAGGUACCUUAUUUAUAUCACUAUGCUGGUGUUCCAGCCUUGGAAGGUGGGGCGCUCUAACACGUAGGGAUGUUGGCGGGUGGGGAGGGAAACAGUAUAGUAUAUUUUAUUCUGCUUAGAAGUAUCUUUUUUCUUAUGUAGGCUUGACAACCUGUAGAGGAUCUCUGCAGAAUAUUAAAGAUACCUUGGUAUAAUACAUGGUAAUAUGGUUGUGGUGUGGUGCUGCUAUCACACAACUACUAGGAAAGACCGUUCUUCAGUUACAGAUGUGUUUUGUAGCCGUUUUACUGUAGUAGUUUUCCCCUGUAUUUUUGCUGCAUUGUUUAUAUAGGUAUUGAAGUUGUUUGCAGGGGUGGCUAAUGAUAAACUGACAUUAUGCCCUUAGAGUUUUUCUUUCUUUGUUUUGUUUUGUUUGUUGGUGUUCGUUUUUUUUUUUUUUUUUUUUUUUUUGGGGGGGGGGGGAGUUUCUUAAGCCGUAGGUUUUGGAAUAAAGAAGAUUUCUCACUAGUUGGAACGGGUUGCUCAGAUUUUUUUAAUUGAUUCUAUUUAAUGUUCCACCCUCCAUUGUUUCCUGAGCAGCUAUGUUAGUCACCUGAAAUUAUUUUUCUCUUAAACACAACGUUAGUAUUUUAAACCAGGUAUGUUAAGGAUUGACCUUUUGCUAACUGGUAGUAUUUAAAAUGUAUCAUUUGAAAGUACCUGUUGGAAAGAGUAAAGGGAAAAAACUCCAUAGAUAUUAGCAAUAUGUUUGGAGCAGUGUUUGCAUCUGCUUUGUACAGUAAUAGAGCAUUAAAGUGGAUGAUUGACAUUUUUAAGCUUAGAGAAACAUUUGGUUUCCGAGCAGAACUUAAGAGAUAAAAUAUGAUUUUUACCCAUCACCCAAAUGUUGGACAUGUGAGACAGUUUUAAAACUAUGUCAGCUAAAAUCAGGUACUGUAUAGUGGAUUCAGUAUGAAAAAGCUUCUAAAUGAAAAUUUAGUUAUUUUUUUAUCUGUUCACUGCCAUAUUAAAGUUUAGAGAAAAAAACUAGCAAAUAGGGUAAUCACAGUCAUUUCUUUUAAAGCUUAAUUAUUAUAUGAAAUUCCAGUAGUAUUUUUAUUCUUCUUUUUUUGUUUGUUUACUUUUUAAUUGUUUCCCUAUGGAAGUUCAUCUGGGAAAGAACCCACAGAGAUCUACAGUUCUGCUGCCAAGACAUUAUUAUAGGACUGACAGAUACACGCCAAUGUCUGCAGUGGAGACUCAAGGGACAUCUGUACAUAUGUAAAUGACAAAUAGAGACAUGUUAACAGAAAUGCAUUCAUUUUCCUUGGAAUGUGCAUUGUUUUUAUUUCGCAGGAAAAAAAAAGCUUGAAGCUCCAUCUUAUGUGGAAAAUGAAUCCUGUUUGUUAGCGUUUGUGGAGUCUCAGCAUUUGUUUCACCUUCACUUCUGUAAUAUACUCUGAUCCUUCGUUUUGUUUUAUCUACAUGUAAUAUUUAGCUUACGUGUACUAGUCUAUCACCUGUGUAUUUUUAGGGUGCUACAGAAAUAAUGAAGAAAAAUACGGGGAUUAAAAAAAAAUUGUAACCAAAUUCAUACUUUGUACAAUUUUUGAUAUCACGAUCAGAGGAGAAUUAAAAAAAAAAAAAAAGUACAAUCUGAAGUAACAUGCAAAAACAGCCAUUGUCUUUGUUUGUACAUUGUAUGUACAGUACAAUGCAAUCAUUUCAUACUUUAAACUGGUCAGAAAAAAUAAUUGUGAUUUUUAGUCUUGCAAAACUGUAUGUAGUUAGAUGAUGUGACAACCUAAUAUUUAUCUAAUAAAUAUGUAUUCAGAUGAAACC